AUGAAAAGAGAACUAAAAAAAGAGGAAUUUAACUAGAAGUACAAGCCGUUUUAAUAAAAAUCCUCAAAGAUCUUUACAACUAAUUCUAUUUCUUAAAUAAAUAAAGAUUAAUUUUGGAUAAAAAAACGAAAGAUAGGAGGAAAAUAUUAAGAUUAAUUUUAAUAAGAUAUCAGAAAAGAAAUCUAAAAUUAAUAUAAGUUUGCUGAAAAAUACCCAAAUUAAGCUUUGAGAAUUAGUGAUUUUACUACAUAUAAAAAAAAGUAGUUUUUUAUUGUCAUUAAAAUUGCUUAUUUUUAUGGUGAUUCAUGUCAACCUAUUUUAUGUUAUGCAAAACAGAAUUGUCAGGAUGAUGAAAAGGGAUUAAAGUAAAAAAUAAAUUUAAGUCUUAAACUAUUAGAAAUCUAAAAAACAUUAUCCUAAUGGGAAAUUUCCCACUUGAAUAUAAAGCCUAAUAAUUUACUAUAUUUUGAGGAUGAUAUUCUCUUAACAGAUUUUGGAAGUAAUAGAACAUUUUAUUAAAAUUACAUUAAAUAAUUUUCAGCAUAGAAAGAAAAGAUAUGGCAAUAAGAAUACUGCUAAUAUAAUCCUAAAGCAGUAUUAGAAAUACUGGAUGAUAUAGAUUAUCUAAGAGAAGUAUAAUUGAAUGAAUUAAGAGUUAAGAUGACUUAAGCUAAAAAAUCAAAAAAAAUAGAAGAUACCCUUUGUGAUUCUUAUUUAGAUUCUUGGGCUAUAGGAGUAAUCAUAAUUCAAAUAUUUUUUCCAGAGGAAAUUCUCAAAGGGGAAAUAAAUAUCAAAUCCUGUUUAGCAAUGAAUAUCGAAAAAUUAGAUGAAAAAAUAAAAAUAAUUAAAGAAAUUGAUAGUAAUAUUGGUACUGAAUUAAAAGAAUUAUUUUAUCCUACUUAUGAAUAUUCUCAAAAAUAAGAUAAUAAAAUUAUUUUUUAGUCUUCUUUAAUGAUUGAUAAGGAUAUUGGAAAUAAACUUAAAAUAGAGUAAAAAGAUGAAGUUAUUGAACCUAUUGUUCCAAUCAUUCCUUUAGAAAAUAUAGACAGUAAAACUAUAUUUAUUCAUCACGAACUUGUUUCAUCGUUAAAUAAAUCUAUGCUUUUAUUAAAGGGAUAAAAAAUUUCAGUAUUAAAAGACUUUUUAGCUGAAAAUGCCUUGGAUAAAAAAAUUUAUAGAGUUUUGGAUUUUCAUGAGUUAUUACAACUUGAUCUUUGUGAUAUUAAACUGUAUUUAGAAGAACUUUAAAAGAUUUGUAAUUAAUAUGAAGAAAAAAUAUAAGUUUUGAUUAAAAACAAUAUAUUUCUAGCUGAAAAUAGGUAGAAGGCAUUAGAAUAUUACUUCAAUAUUCAUUAAGAAUUACCAGAACCGAACAUAAUUUAUUACUAUAAUAAAUUAGAAUUGUAUAUGAUUUCGUAGAUGGAAUAGUUUUAAAUUAAAUUUGAAACAGAAAGCAAAUUAUUAUUGCCAUACUUUUCAUCUGAAAUGAUAAAAUAAUUAAAAAAACUAAGAAAAAAGGAAAUCAAGAUUGAUGCCAAUUUCAAUAUCAAUUUAUAAGAUUAAGAAUAAAAGAUAACUUCAAUUUAUUAUUUAGAUAAAAAUAACAAUCCACAUCAUACAGAAAUUUUGGAAAUUAAGUAAAGAGAAAAAAAAAUAUAUGGUUUUGAAAUAUUCCCAUUUAAUUUGUCAUUAAAAACAAGAUUUAAAGUAAGAGAGUUCAUUUAAUUUAAAAAACCUGAAUGUUUGUUGUAAUAAGAAGAAUAUGAUUCUAUAACUACAAAAGUCUAAAGGGAAUAUUUAAAUGUAUUAUAUAGUUGUUUAGAUGAUAAUCAAAGAGAUAUUAGUAAAUAUUUAAAAGCAAUCAAUGAAAUUUUUCCAAAGGUCAAAUAAGUUGAUAAAAGAAAAUAUUUCAAGGUAUAUAUACAAUAAGAUAUGUUACCAAAAGAAUUAGACCCUCAAAUUUCAGAUUUUUUAUAGCAAAACUUCGGUUAUUUAAUGAAAAUAAAUCGUAAAUAUAAAGAGUAUUUAAAAUAAUUUGAAGACUUUUAGAUAACAAGCAAAUAUAAUGGAUUUUUAGUUAAUAAAAAAUGUCAUGGUUUAGGGUUUAGAUAGAUAAAUGAAAAUUUUAUUUAGUUUGGCAUAUUUAAAUAUGGAUAAUUAUUAUGGGGUUGGGAACUAGUUAAAAAGGAAUAAAGGAUUUAUUUAUAUAAAGGAUAGUUUGAUAAUAAUAAAAAACAGGGUGAUGGAGUUUUAAAAGUAUUUUUUCCGUAACUAAUUAAAAAAGUCAAUUAUUAUAGAUUAAUGCUGAAAUCUAAGGGUUAUUUCUAGGACGAUUAAUAAGUUAACUUCGGAUAAGAAAUAGAUUAUGAAUAAGGAUUUAGUUAUAAUGGAGAAUUUUAAAAUAGUAAAAAGGAGGGAUAUGGUUAAAAAAUAGCCCUUUAGGAAAAUAGGAAAGAUAAAUAUAUAUAAUACAGGGGGACCUUUGUAAAUAAUUUAGAACAUGGUAAAGGGAAAUGGUUAAAUUAGGAUAAAACUGAAAGAGAUGUUGAAUUCAGAAAUGGUAAAUUAAUUACUUAAUGA